AUGGCACUAGUUGUUAGCGGAGAAGAGAAAACGGAAGAGAAACAGGAGGAAAAAUCCGAUCAAAGCACGACAGAGGCAGCAGAUACACCAGAAGAUAUCGUUAAAAAAUUUAAAGAGCAAAUUGAGGAACUGAGGAAGGAUCAAUUUGAAAGAAUCAAAAUAAUUGCUAGCCUCCAACUAGAAGAUGAUCGGAAAACCUACGUUCAAUAUCUUUUCAAUACUAGCGUCAAGGGUUUUACAGAAUUGAAAAAGGCGGUGGAUGAAGCCGGCUAUACAUCAGAUAUGCCAUUGCCAAUGGAUAAAAAUUUGACUGGAGCUAUUGCGGUAAUUUUUGAAAAUACCCUGUUCAUUUCUGAAAUUGCCGCUCGAAUUUUUAAAGUUACACGAGACUUAAUUAGCGAGAAUCCAGAAUACUCUGAUUCUUUCAAGUGGGCUGUAGAAUUUUGUCAGAAGUCUAAAUCCCUACUUAGUGAAUCGGAUAAGAAUAUUUUAGAUGUGGCUGCGAAAGAGUUUAGCAUAGUACCACGCGAAGCAUCAUAUCAAAAUCCUUUCAUUGGCUGGCAGGAAGAGGUUUUUGAUAAUCAACCGAAAUAUCGCUAUAAGGACUUCAAAAAGGAGCAACAACGAAAGGAAGAACUUUAAUAUCAUGUUAAAAAAAAAUUAUAUUUAAUGUAUCGCUUAAUACGUACACAAUCUCUGAACUGGUAGCUCGAAUAUCAGUGCUGGAUUGGCAUCAUUAUUUUUUGUAAUUUAAACUAAUUGAAAUUGAGGUAGUGCUUCUUAUUACAAUUCUCAAAUCGAGUGUCCAGGUGGUUUAGCUAAUAUUAUAAAUUGUUUCACUAUACAUACCGUUUGCAUAUUUAUCGUAGGAAUUACAAGCCUGCAAUAAAGUUUACCUUACUUUUG